AAAUUUUUUUUUUUUUGAUGUGCUCGAAGACGAUGGUGUUGGAAAAAAUUGCAUUUGAUAAUUGAUUUUGAUAUGGUAAUUACCAUUAAAAGCCUCGCUGGCUGAGAUCAUCAGGCAGCUACAAAACCGCAGCAUCAGCACAUGCUCCCAUGAGCUGUGCUUUCCUUUCGUUUCUUACAAUUUUGAGACCCCUUUUUUCAUUUUUGGAAGAACCCGUUUUUGUGAAUUUCUGAAUGUGGGUGUGAUUACUGCUAGCUCAUACAGAUCAGCCUUACUCUUAUUAGUCUUGGCCCUGUAGGACUGAUUCUGAUUCUGGGUACUGAUUCUUUGCCUUCUCUCGAGUUUUUGGAUUGAAUAAAAAGGUGGGCAUUAUUGAUUAUUUCGAUACACUGAAGAAGAGGGUGUAUUGACUUGAUCGAGAUUAAGGGCGCCACUGGUUCUAGUGAGCCAAGCCAUCGAUAUGGUGGAGGAUUUUUUACCUUCUUGAUUGAAUCUGGGAGAUGGGUCGGCUCCGAUUUAUGAUUUCGUGUUGAAUUGGGGCGAAGUAAUCCGUGAAAGAUGAGGCGGCGGCCGGCCGACUUUCGCCGCCCGGUUCGACGGAGGUUUUCGCAUUGGAUCUGGGCGCUUUUUGGGCUUUUCACAAUCGUAGGACUCGUUUUGUUUGUAGUUCACCAUAAUCAGAGGGAAGAUCGCGUCGAACAGCCCGUAUUGGAGAGAAAUUCAAGAAUUGAACAGGUUGCUCAUGACAGAUUAAAUUUCACUGAAGAAAUAUCAAGUGCCACAUCAUUUUCCCGACAAUUGGCGGAGCAAAUCACCCUCGCCAAAGCUUAUGUUGUUAUUGCCAAAGAGCAUAGCAAUCUUCACCUUGCUUGGGAGCUGAGCUCAAAGAUCAGAAGUUCCCAGCUAUUGCUUUCUAAAGCUGUGAUGAGAGGGGAGCCCAUCACUCUAGAGGAAGCAGAGCCCAUAAUUAAAAGCCUAUCCUCUCUAAUAUUCAAGGCACAAAAUGCUCAUUAUGAUAUUUCAACUACAAUAAUGACAAUGAAGUCUCAUAUUCAAGCCCUUGAAGAGCGGGCCAACGCUGCCACAGUACAGAGCACAGUGUUUGGGCAACUUGCAGCUGAGGCUCUUCCUAAGAGUCUUCACUGCCUAAAUGUGAAGCUCAUAGCUGACUGGAUGGAAUACCCAUCCUUCCAAGAACUGGCAGAUGAGAGGAGAAACUCCCAGCGCGUUGUGGAUAAUAAUCUCUAUCAUUUUUGCAUAUUUUCGGAUAAUGUUUUGGCGACGUCUGUGGUUGUCAAUUCCACGGUUUCUAAUGCUGAUCAUCCAAAACAGUUGGUCUUCCACAUUGUCACAAAUGAGAUCAACUAUGGAGCUAUGCAGACUUGGUUCCUUAGUAAUAAUUUCAAAGGAUCUACUAUAGAAGUCCAAAAGAUUGAGGACUUCUCUUGGCUAAAUGCCUCUUAUGCUCCUGUUCUGAAACAAAUGCUUGAUCCAAAUACACGAGCGUAUUAUUUUGGAGGACUUCAAGAUUUGGCAGUUGAACCGAAAUUGCGAAACCCAAAGUACCUGUUGCUGUUGAACCAUCUUCGGUUUUACAUUCCAGAGAUCUAUCCACAACUAGAGAAGGUAGUGUUUCUUGACGAUGAUGUCGUAGUCCAGAAAGACCUAACGCCACUAUUUUCUCUUGACUUGCAUGAAAACGUGAAUGGAGCAGUUGAAACUUGUCUCGAAGCGUUUCAUCGUUAUUACAAGUACCUAAACUUUUCAAAUGCAAUCAUAAGCUCAAAGUUUGACCCACAGGCUUGUGGAUGGGCAUUUGGCAUGAAUGUCUUUGAUCUGAUCGCAUGGAGGAAAGCAAACGUAACUGCUCGGUAUCAUUACUGGCAGGAACAAAAUGCUGACGGUUUGCUUUGGAAGCCAGGCACUCUUCCUCCUGGUUUAUUAGCCUUCUACGGGCUAACAGAACCACUUGAUCGGAGAUGGCACGUCUUGGGAUUGGGUUAUGACCUGAACAUCGACAAUCGUUUGAUCGAGAGUGCAGCUGUAAUUCACUUCAAUGGAAACAUGAAGCCAUGGUUGAAGCUGGCCAUAAGCAGGUACAAACCUCUGUGGAAACGUUAUAUAAACCAAAGCCACCUUUAUUUUCAAGAUUGCAUUACUAGUUAAAAAAAGUGUACUACUACUUGAUUUUCCACCAGUGCUUUCAUUGUAGAUUCAAAAGUAGACAAUUUUGACUAUCUUAGGAGGUUUUGUUUUCUCCACCCUAGUUUCUUGAGAAGAGAGAAACAAAAAAGGAUGAUUUUUUACACACUUAGAGAAGUUCAAAAUGUAACGAGGAAAAAUGGCUCUGGGAACCCAUUUUUGGUUGAUGAUAGCUUCUUCUCCCACCACCAAGCUGUAGAUUUUUUUUGUUUUUUUUUUGUUUUAAUCUUCGCUUCCCUCAUCGUCUGCAAGCUAUAGAUUUAAUAAUUUGUCUGAACAUUCUAGUUAUGUUGUAAGCAAAACAUAUUUAUUGUCCAUACCAUACAUCUUCUCCUGUGCA